AUGUGGUUUACGAUCCUUGGUAUUUUUGGUUUCACUUUGGCGGAGCUGGAGACUAUGCUAGAUCUGGAUGAUAAAACACCUUAUGUGACUUCACUACCUCUGCAUCGCCAAAGUGUGGCUAAAUAUCAUUGCAAAAUAAGAAUAGAAAAGGAUUGGUUUCACAUGUUGCUUGAUACUGGCUCCUCUUCCAUGUGGGUGGCUUCUAAUUUUGUGGACAAACACAAAUGGGGCAACAAAACCUUACUGGAUAAAGGUCGAGCCAAUUCACUGCGUAUCAGCCAUGACCACUUCUAUCAAGCUUAUGCAAGCAAUGACGUGAACGGCUUAAAAGCGACAGUUGACAUGCAAUUUGGACAGAUGCUCGUCAAAAAUGUUCCUUUUGGCCUGGUGACACAUGGAUCCCAACAGGUAUUUGAAGAUUCAUUCGACGGAAUCUUUGGUUUGAGCCGUGGACCACUUCAUUCCCUAAAUACCAGAACGGUUUUGUAUUUUAUCAAUCAGCAAGAUCUCGUUAGUCAAAAGUUCGGUUUUUACUUUGGA